GGAUGUUAAAAAAUUGAAAUAAAGUUCUUGGGAGAAUUCACAAAAUAAAGGCCAAAAAUCUUGCAUUGCUGUAGCCAGGAAUUCUCUCCUCAAGUUUUCAAAUAAUGAAACAGUUUUUUUUUAAGCAUUCUAGGAAAUGUGUCAGUUUCAGUUCUGCUAACGACAAAAAAAAACCACCAAAACCUCAAUCAAUACACUCAGGAUCUUACAAAAACAAUUAUUAAUUAAUUUAAAAAAAGGUCACAGAAAACCUUCUUCAAGUUCUUCAAGUUCUUCAAGUUACUAAUAACAAGUGAGCGGGGGAAAAACAGAAUGAUAGAGAAGUUCUCUUUCACUCACUGGUAUUUCGAACCCGAUCGAUCAAUCGUUGUAUUGUUUAUGAUUGCUUUUGUUUCAUUAUUCCGAAAUAUAUACGGACACGAAGACAAUACAACUAUUUUUAUGCAACUGAAUUGGACACUAAGAGAAUUGAACACCGAACAAAGGAACUCGACUGAUUCUAUGUCUUUUCCUCACCUAGAUGUCAAUGUUUCAACAACCUAUCGUAGUGACUUUGUAACUAAUGAGUCUUUACAUGAAUGGUCUCUUCUGGAACACAAAGCAUUUAAUACCAACAUCACAGACAAACAAAAUAAUGGGAACCAAAUCCUUCAAGAAAAUGAACAUGAGAAAUCUGCUUUAAAGGUUUCACAGACCUCAGAAAAAAUGGAAGAAUUGACGCGGCAAAGCAGAGAGAAGAUCGUGUCGCCGUCCAGUAGGUCAAGACCAUUUGUAGAGUCUUCCAAAAGUAACGAUGAUUACAGUGAUGAAUGCUCCGCGAUGCUGUAUCAGUGCCGCCCAGACUGCACUAACAGACAUGACUCGCCUUGCAGUUGUAAGAUUCACUGCCAGAAGGAGGGAAACUGCUGCAACGAUUUUGUCCGUAAGUGCGUGUCCGCGCCUAAAAAAACACCGUUGACUCAGUGUAUUGACAACCACGUGAUGGUGACGUCAUGUGACGAGAGAUUCGACCAAGGUUUUUUGGAAGACCAGAAGAGAAGGCUCGCCAAGUCAACUCUAACCAGAUUCCUGGACAAUCGCAGUUUCCAAGACAUACAAGACGGAUGCUCCUCCAGUCAAGAUAUUUUUCAAAGUUUACCCGUGACGGACAAAGUACACUCCAUCCACUACAAAAAUGUAUUUUGCGCCAUAUGUCAUAACGUCAGUGAGGUCCAGUUCUGGACUGGCUACUUAAACUGCCCCAACAUCCUGAAAACUACGCCGUACCAGAUGUCGGAGAACAUGAACAAUGCUGCCCUCGCCUUCUUUGCCACGAUGACUGAGAAACAAAUUGUGCACAGUCUAAACGAAUGGAAAUGUUUGGCCAUUCUUCAACCCAGGCAAACGGAUGGACAGUUGUGCUUUGAGCUGGACAAUACUACAAAGGUGUACCGGAGAUCGAAUAUUCUCGUGCUAAAGCUACCUGAAGUUACGGAGCAUACAGUCCAAUUUAGGGUAUUUAGGUUUCACCUGUCUGAGUUACCUGAGAGAGCGGUGAAAUUCAGCUCACAAACGAACAACAUCCUUGACCUUGUUAAUGUGGAGGAGCUCAACACUACCAUAGCUCUGGGCGAUAAAUGCGCUCAAAUUCGACCAUACCUACAUCUGUGUCAUGACUGUGACCAGCACACCCUGUACUGGUAUUGCUCCAUGCUGAAAGAAAAAACUGCCCAAGAGCCCUGCUACGACUCAGUGUCCUACAGCUACAUUGCGCAUUCAAAGUACUAUGUGAUCAAAACGAGCCCAGCGUUCAACGACAGGGAGGAGGAUGAAGUCCCUAGCAUGUUUCAACUUCGCCUAGCGAUGAAGUAUACAUUCCAGACUAAUCGCGCCAUCCGAGGCAACGUCCAGACCCAGAUGGAGCAGAUCUCCCGCUCGUUGACGUCAGCUGUCAUCACCUCAUCACACGCCUUUCAAUUUGCCUGCAACCUGUCUAAAGAUGAGCUCUCAGCAGAAACACAGAAUCACGAAUAUACCAGUUACCUCUACUUUGACUGUCAAUACGAUGAUAAAAACUUGACAGACAAUGAAACCCAAGCGUCCAAGGAUGUUGCAGACUCCAAAGUGAACAAGAUGAUCAAAUUCGGUGAGCGGUGCAUGACGGGAUUGUCCAAUAUUCCAGUCAGGCUGCCGCUGACAGUCAACACUGCAAUCUGUAUUAUUUUGCCCCAAACGAAAUAUCCUGAAGGCUUCUGCUCUAAAAAUAAUAUGAAAUGGUCAACAGUACGUAAGAAAAAUGCAGUCCUCAACGGACUGUCCCUGGAAGGCAUCAUCACCAUUAUUUGCUGCGCCCUGUCUAUAAUGGGGCUACUUCUAAGACUGGCCUUCCAGAACAUCGUGGCUGUCUACAAGAGUUACCCAGGGAAGGUACAGUUCAGUCUAUGUCUCAGUCUUCUUCUGUCCUACACUUUCUUCUUGGUUGGUGGGAUGGUUGAAGACGGGUCAUUGCAGUGUAAAGUAGUGGGCAUGCUGACCCACCUGGCCUUCCUAUCAGCUCUCUUCUGGAUGAAUGUCACCGCUUUUGAGAUCUGGAGGACUUUCAGACACUGGAGUCACCAGGUUGUGGCUAGAGGUAGUACAAGCCUCCUCGUUGCCAGCCUGUACGCCAUUGGGAUCCCAUCAAUGAUUGUUGUCGGAGCGCUGCUGGUGGAGGAGUUCCUGCCCUUGUCUAACUUUUCCCCUGAGUACGGUAUCCACAACUGCUGGCUGAACGGAGGCGUCGCCGUGGCGAUAUACUUCAUCAUUCCAUGCAGUGUGCUGUGUUGUUCUAACGUCCUGUUUGUGGGACUUACUUUAAGGGGCUUGCGACAACAGAGGACCUCCAUCUCAAUGAUCAAGUUCUCCAGCACGCAGACCACAGUCAACGACACAACCAUAGUAGUCAAAAUCAGCCUCCUAGUGGGCAUCACGUGGCUGCUGGGUCUUCUGGCUGCUGCGGUGGACAAACAGGCUCUGUGGAUCAUCUUCACCGUCAUCAACGCCUCCCUGGGCUUCUUCAUCAGCAUCGUUUUGGUGCUCAACAAGCGAGUCUACUUAGCCGUUAAAGCCAGGUGUCUGUGCUACAGCCUGGAUAGCGUGGUCUCAACUCAAGUCAAGAAACACUAGCCGGGUCAUAGGUCAAGUUCUUUGUAUUUGAGGGUUACUUCUC